AUGCAGGCGAAGGGCUCGAAGUCGCUGCGCUGUGCUUGGAGCUGGUGGGUCGCAUGGGAGGAACAGGCCAUGACGAGCGGUGCCUUGGCUGACCUCUUGCAAUACAUCACCUUCCACCAGUUCCAGCCCAGGUCGAGCAUGGUGGUGCCUGCUGCCUCCGAGAACCGCCACCGCCCCAGCUAUGGGUAUAACUAUCGCUGGGCGAAUGGCAAGAAGUUUAAUGUUUUGUCCCCUGACGACCUCACUGAUGGCAUCCUCUUCGUCGACUCCAAGAAGUGCUUCAGCUUGAAACACAUCCGCUACCAGGAUGUGGCGCAGACCAAGUCUGCCAAGUCCAAGAAGUAUGCAUGCUUAUCCCAGAAGAAGCCUGCAGGAAAGGCACGCGCCUCCAAAAAGAUCAUCAAGGUGAUGAAGAAGAAUGCUCGCUGGGGGAGUGACGCAGCGGCGGCGGCGCUUGUAACUGGCACGGCCAUUGGCGGUGGCUUCCUGGCAUUGCCCUACACCACAGCGCAAUCUGGUUUUGUGCCCUCGCUUCUGGUGAUGGUGAUCUCCUGGGCGCUGCUGCUAUUUCAGGCGCGGCUGCUGACAGACAUGCUGGCGGAGGAGUCAGAUGGCGAAAUGGUCAGCUUCCAAGCUCUGGCGGAGCGGCGGUUGGGGCGCUGGGGUAAGCUGACCGUGUCGGCGCUCUUUUUGCUGCUGAUGAUGACGACCCUUGUGUCGCAGUAUGCUGAGGCAGGCAAGCUGCUUUCUUCACUGACCGGUCUGCCGCAAGCGCCCUUGCGCACAUUCCUGGCCCUGCUGUUGGCGACUUUCACCUGGAGAUGUGCCGUCGCGCGCACUGCCACGCUGAACAGCUGCUUGACGCUGGGCUUUCUGCUUGCCGGCACGCUGCUGUUUGCACGUGGCUUGCCGCUCGCUCAGUGGCACCGCCUGAACCGAAGCGAAUGGAGCGGCUGCGGGAGGUGCUUGCGCCGCAGCUGCAAGCGUGCAAGCAGGGGCCCGACCAUUCUGCAGCUCUUCGUCUACUGCGAAGUGAUCCCCACCACGCAGUCGAUGCUUCGGCAGCCCUGCCGCAUGAAGCGCGCCAUCUUCCUCGGCUCGGCCUUGCUCUUGGUGGUGGAGGCCGCCUGGUCGGCCCUGGGCCUCGCCCUGGUGCCAGACGCUCUCGGCGGCCUGCGCCGCGAUCCGGUGGCGGUGCUGCUCGGUCAAGGCGGCUUCAUCAGCUCUGCGGUGCUGGCACUGGGUCUGUGCGCAGUUCUGACCACCAUUCUGGGCACAAAUCUGGCCCUCCGCUCCUUCUUCCAUGAAAAUCAGCGUGGGGCCUUGGUCUAUGGCCUCGCCACUCUGGUGCCCUGCAUCGCUCCUGGCAGCGCCUUCUUCGGAGCCAUCGACUUUGCAGGUGCCUAUCCUGUCACCUUACUUUGGGGCGUUGCGCCGUUGCUCAUGGCUCUGCGGCAGAGGCCCAAAGUGGCGUUUCUGCUGCUGAUGCUCAUUGCAUCCCUGGCAGCUCGGCAUGCCGUCGUCCCAUGGGAGGCGCUGGUCAGCAGCAACCUGCUGCACGACCUCCGCCGCCUGGCGGGCGCCGGAGCGGCUCGCUGGGCCUAG